UCCGCUGGCCCCGCCCCUCCCCAGUGCCCGCGGCCCCGCCCCUCUCCGCCCCGCCCCGGUGCCCGCGGCCCCGCCCCUACCCGCGAGCCCGGCCCCGCCGCCCCGCAGCGGGGGGGGUGAAGGAGCGCGAGGCAGGGGUCAUGGCGGGCGCCAAGGUCAAGGUCGCCGUGCGGGUCCGUCCGUUCAACGCGCGGGAGACGAGUCGCCGCGCCAAGUGCGUGAUCCGGAUGUCGGGGAACACGACCUGUAUCACGAACCCCAAAAUGCCCGAAGAUGCCACCAAGCAUUUCACCUUCGACCACUCGUACUGGUCGCACACCUCGGAGGAGGACCCGCAGUUCGCGUCGCAGCGCCGCGUGUACCAGGAGGUGGGGCGGCAGCUGCUGCUGCAGGCGCUGCAGGGCUACAACGUGAGCGUGCUGGCCUACGGGCAGACGGGCGCCGGCAAGACCUACACCAUGAGCGGCGGGCGCGGCCCGGGCCAGCGGGGGCUCGUCCCGCAGCUGUGUGAGGAUCUUUUCGCCCACGUGGAGCGCGAGGGGUCCCCCGAGCUCAGCUUCUCCGUGGAGGUGAGCUACCUGGAGAUCUACUGCGAGCGCGUGCGGGACCUGCUGGCGCCCCGCCCCCAGGGCGCGCUGCGCGUGCGCGAGCACCCCCUGCUGGGCCCCUACGUGCCCGGGCUCGCGCGCCUGGCGGUGACGUCAGCCGGCGAGAUCGCGCAGCUGGUGGCGAGCGGGGACCGCGCCAGGACCGUGGCGGCCACGGAGCUGAACGCGCGGAGCAGCCGCUCGCACGCGGUGCUGAGCAUCGUGGUGACGCAGCGGCGGGGGGAGCCCGGGGAGAAGGUGAGCCGCAUCAGCCUGGUGGAUCUGGCGGGCAGCGAGCGCGCCGACGCCGCCGGGACCCGCGGGACCCGCCUCAAGGAAGGCGCCAACAUCAACAAGUCGCUGAGCACGCUGGGAAAGGUCAUUGCCAUGCUGGCCGAUGCGCACAAGCGGGGGAAGCCGGAGUUCGUGCCGUACCGGGACUCGGUGCUGACCUGGCUGCUCAAGGAGAGCCUGGGCGGUAACUCCCGCACGGCCAUGAUCGCGGCGCUGAGCCCGGCCGACAUCAACUACGAGGAGACGCUCAGCACCCUCCGGUACGCGGACAGGACGCGGCGGAUCCGCUGUCACGCCGUGGUGAACGAGGACCCCACGGCGCGGCUGGUGCGGGAGCUGCGGGGGGAGGUGGCGCGGCUGCGGGCACUGCUGAGCCAGCAAGGGCUCCCGGUGGACCCGCCCCCCCCCGCCCCACCCCCGCCGCCGGGGGCGCCGGAGCCGCCGGAGCCGCUGCCCGCCCUGAGCCCGGCGGAGGCGCUGGAGCGGCUGCAGGAGACCGAGCGCCUGGUGGCCGAGCUGAACGAGAGCUGGGAGCAGAAGCUGCGGCGCACGGAGCAGCUGAGGAGGGAGCGGGAGGCCCAACUGGCCGAACUGGGGGUGGCGCUGCGCGAGGACGGCGCCACCGUCGGCGUUUUCUCCCCCAAAAAGACCCCCCACCUGGUGAACCUGAGCGAGGACCCGCUGAUGCCCGAGUGUCUGCUGUACCAGCUCAAGGACGGGCUCACUCGGGUGGGACAGACAGACGCCGACAUCUGUCUGUCGGGGCCGCUGGUGGGGACCCCGCACUGUGUGUUCCGCACCUGCCCCCGCCCCUCGGGGGAAGUGCUGGUGACGCUGGAGCCGUGCGAAGGGGCCGAGACGCUGCUGGACGGGCAGCGCGUGACAGAGCCCGUGGAGCUGCGCUCGGGGCAGCGCCUGGUUCUGGGGCGGAUUCACACGUUCCGCUUCACGCACCCGGAGCAGGCGCGCAGGGACCGGGAAAGGUGCGCCGGGGCCGCGGGGGCGCCCUGGGGACGCUUCGGGGUCUCACUCUCGUGUCCCCCCCUCAGGCACCAGGAGCUGCCGGACAGGGACGCGUGUCCCCAGAGGCCGCAGGACCCCGAGGGCCGGGAGCAGCCGGAGGAGGCGGCUGAGGAGCACCCCGUGUCCCCCCCGCACCCCGUGUCCCCCCCGCGCCGCUGCAGGCGCCGGGAGCCGCAGCGCGUGUACCAGAUCCCGCAGCGGCGCCGCCCAGCGACACCGGGGGGGACCCCGGAGGGGACAGCGGGGGGGACCCCUGGGGACACACCGGCCGAGCCUCGGACCCGUGCCGGAGCUGACGUCACCGCUGACGUCACCGCGGUGGAGGGGCUGCGGCGCCACCUGGCGCGCCUGGCGGGGACCCUGCGGGAGGUGACGCGGCAGAACCGGCACAAGGAGCAGCAGCUGCGGGCGCUGCGGGAGCGGCUGGGCCGCGUGGAGCGCGCGGUCACCAUGGCGACGGACGAAGAUGAUGAGGCCCCGCCCACCGUUGAGGUCCCGCCCCCAGCUGAGGCCCCGCCCCUGUCGCGCCUGUCGCUGCUCAUGGCGCAGGACCCCGCGUUCCGCCGGGGGCGGCUCCGGUGGCUCCAGCGCGAGCAGGCGCGGCUGGGCCGCCCCUCCGCCCCGGGCUCCAGGCUGCGCUUCCCCUUUAAGAGCCACCCCCUGCACCGCCUGGCCGGGGGCGGAGGGGCUGCCAAGGAACCCGCCCCCCCGUCUCCCCCCUCCCCCCCCUCCCCCACACCUGCUGUUUGGGGGUGGCCCCGCCGGGGGUCGCUGGACGGAGGGCGGGGCGUGACCCCUCCCCCCUCCCCUCUGCGUGUGCGCCGCCAGCGCUCGGCCCCUGACCUGCAGGACCCCCCCGCCUAGGGGGGGAUGGGACACUGGGGACCCCCCUGACCCCCAUGGACAAUCAGGGUCUCCCCGCCCCCUCAGCGGGUGGUCCCGCCUCGGGGGGUCCCGCGGCUGCUGUCACCCUCCCCCAUCACAUGUGGUUGGGGGGGUGGGAGACGCCCCUUGAAUAAAGGCGGAAUCGCUCAUUGAA